UAGCCCAAAGCAUACCGGUUUAUGAAGCAAUACUUCGGCCUUUUGGCCCCAAACCACCGUUCCAACCACCUGUUAAUGCCACAAUCACGAUAAAGGACUAAGUGUCUGCAUGCAUGUAUAUAGCGAAGUGAAGCGGGUACGUACUGCGUAUGCCCUGCAGUAGUACAAGCGCAUUGACUCAUUGCGGCACCGCCCCCACAACUCAACUACCGAGACAAGGUGUGUAUAAACCGGCCGCUUUGAUGUUAUACCCAAGCGAGUUGUACAAGAUGAAUGACAGCCGGAAAGGGGGAAGUGGCCCCUGCAUAGAGUAUGAUGACAUGCGCCAAACGGCUGUUUACAUUUGUGCAUUUCCCAAUGCAGCUGCAGUUGUCAUUGUAGGAGUUGGAGCCGGUAACGCGUUCAGUGUACAUAGGUAUUGUUUCCGAAGCAGAUAUUGUAAUGCACUCAAUAGCCUAGAACAGCCUUUCCGCCCCAACAUCUAGCGGAUGGUCACACACCAGAUGAACUCUCAUGACUAGCUUUGCAUC